AUGUCAACAGAUCUCGCGAUUGUGACUACGGUCAGCUCCGACUCUGUCAGCCGGCUCUUCGGCCCCGCUGGUGCAAUGGACUUUCGGUCCAACCCGGGCAUGAAGAGCGAGUUCGAGGAUCCAAAGGCGAUCUUCAACAAGAUGAAGCAGAAGGAUGUGAAACCACUCUCCGACAUUAGCGUGUUGAAGAGAACCAUCUACAACUACAAGAAUCGCCGCAUCAUCACACGCUGGCUUCGCGACGUCUGUGGCGCGUUCAAUUUGCGAAGCACCACCCUGUGUCUCGCUGUUCAGCUUGCUGACUCAUACAUUGUCGGCAACCUGCACCAGCUCGAGUUGCAGAAGUGCCAGUUGGCGGCUGUUACAGCCCUGUGGAUUGCAGCCAAGUUUGAGGAGAUGGAUGCAGACUUGCCUAGUCUGCGCAAGAUAGUCGAUGUCUGCGACGGGGCCUACACUAAGGAGCACGUUCUGGCCAUGGAGGAGUCCAUCCUCGGCUUCUACAAGUGGUACCUGCCCCACAUAACGGUGGUAAACCACGUCUAUCUGCAGCUGCAUCUCAUCGGCGACCCCGCACUGAUUGACUCGCAGCCGCAGGAGGAGGUGCCACCGGCUAUCUCGGUCGAACUGCUCGUACUGAACGCCGACGAGGGUCGCACCUGGGUCAGCCUUAUUCUGGAGUCUCACCAGACUCUCCAAGAUUGCCUUGAUCAGCUAUUCUCCGCCUCAAACAUGCUGUACAGCACCUUAGCGGCCGUUUUUCAACUAUUUGGCAGUUGCUUCCUACUGGCGGAGCGCUUGCCACUCACAACAGUGGUUGGGAAUCUCCCAUUGGAUGGCAAAGGCUGUCGUCGCCUCUUUCUGUGCUCCUUGAGCAGCCAGGUCACCUCGACGUUUGCAGAGCGUGGCUCGUAUGUCAUCCUGCGCUCCAUUAACUCGAACCUUCUAGACUUAUGCGACAUCCUCACCCAGGAGGUGGUGACACACGUGGAGUUCCUUCGCUUGUACAGCUAUGUGACCGCCUUUGGCGUAGUGGGACUCGCGCUGUGUCUUGUGUCCCCGGACAAGGACGAGAACAGGCGUCUCCUGCAGCACGUACACAAAAAGCUGGACAUCUCCGCGACGCAGGGUUUGGCUGUCGCAGACUUGCUCACCUCCAAGUAUAAGGAAGCGCUGCCGACCAUCCGGGAGAGCAAAAGUCUGCCGCACCCUUCUGAGAAUUUCCGUGACACGCUGUGCUACUGCUUUGAUCGCAGACUGUCCUAG